AUGCCCUGGCACACUUUGUCCAUUGUAAGUUCGAUCACAAGUCAAGACAAACCACAGCGUAUCAAAUUCAAAUCUGAUGUGUUGAGAAAAGGCAUACAUAAGGACGAGUACGAUGCUCAUAUAAAGAAAAACAAACCUGCACUACACGCUAAAUUGGUGAAGAUGCGCAGAGAUUACCUUGAGAUGGAACCAAAAAAUAGUCAGGCUUCGAACUUCAUUGGAGAGUUGUAUAAGACGGCUCGACUUGUGCGACGUAAAGUGAUGGACGCUCCGACCGAGGCCAAGACGUAA